CGGAGAUAUUUUUUUACGAUGGCAAUAAAAAGCGAGAUGCCGCUUGCACUUGAAAUUUCUAUACGAUCUUUGGAGAUGGCCCUUUCCAUGGGCGAUCUUCAUUUUCCGAUUCGACUUCCCCCGCGCAAGUGAUUGUCCGCGAUGAACCUCGAAGUCCGCCGCAGCACUUCCAUGGAACACGGAACCUACAACAACAAGGACAUCCAAGCGCAAAUUGCUGAAGUGGGCAAGAUCCUUGCGCAAGGCUCGCUCUUUAGCGAAGCAACGUUGAAGAAGGAAAUCGAGUGGUUCUACGGCCCGUUGGGUUUGCACGAGUUUUACUUCAUGGGCCACUCCCCCGCGACGAUCGCAUCCCACAUUGAAAGCUUGAUCGGCGCCAAGGUCUUGACCAAGACGUCGGGCGUCGACCAAGAGUUCAAGCUCGUGCAAGAAAACGAAAAGUCGGCGUUCUUUGCGACUCGCUCCAACGUCCAAGGCGACGAAACCAAGUCGACUCGCUUGUCGGGCGGCUCGGACGUGUCCAACUUGGAACGCUUCAUCGAAAAGCAAUACUUGAGCUCGUCCACGGAAUGCAUUGGCGACGGAGUCAAGACCGGGUACCAAUACCUUGAGCAACCGGAAACGACAAAGAACCGCCAAUACCGCCUUCAAUGCUACCGCUCGUCGGGCCUCUUGGACCCUCAAUUGGUCCCUUCGCACAUGCGCUUGUACUUUUUGCAAGAACCUGAAUUUGUCAACCCGACCCCCGCGGAAGGCGAGACCGACAUCAACCAAUUGGCCGACAAGCACUUCCUUGAACGUGCCGGUGACAACUUGAAGAAGGUGUACCAACAAGUCCUCAAGACUGCGUCGAACCAAAUGACGCCUGCGUUCCAUACGGAAGUCUGGCUCGAGCCGGACAACACCAAGAUGGCGCGCUUCACGGUCGCGUACAAGGCCGGCUCGACCCACAGCUACUUUUCGUCGCUGGCCGAUGUCUACCGUGGCCAUGGUCUCUUCUCGUCGCGCAAGUACGCCGAAUACUUUUCCAACGGCGUCGUCAUCUACGGCUUCUACUUGCAACAAUUGACCGGCGAAGGCGUCAAGGGCAAGGGCACGUUCGAAGAGCGCGUUGCUGCCUGCGUGUCGGACGCUUCGCUCCACUACGUCUUGCCCCGCACGUCGUUGUCGCCAUUGUUGCGCGACCACUUGCUGACCCCGCAACAAAUUUCGUACGCGUAUGCUGCGUGGAAGUUCACGUUCCACUUCUUGCAACGUUUGCCGGAAGCGUACUCGGUGGUGUCCAACUCGCUGCGCGAUCGCGACGCCGUGGCAUUUGCCCGCCUCGAACAAUUGCGUUCGACGAUGAAGCAAAACACUUUCACGGAAGCCCAAAUCUUGGACCACUUGUUGGCGUCACCCGACGUGAUCAAGGCGCUGUACGACGAGUUUGAAGCGCUCCACUCGCCGUCGUCCAAGGACCGCAACCGCAAGGAAGCCGACAUCUUGUCGUACCUGCGCAAGGCCGUGUCGUCGGAAGCAGCGUUGACCGUGUUUACUCAAUUCGUGAGCUUCAACCACCACGUCCAGCACACCAACUUUUUCCGCAAGGAAAAGUCGGCGCUCGCGUUCCGCUUGGACGGCGAAUUCUUGCCGUCGACUGAAUACGCGGAAAAGCCGUACGCGGUCAUUUUUGUGAUCGGGUCCGAAUUCCGUGGGUUCCACACGCGCUUCUUGGACAUUGCGCGCGGCGGCAUCCGCAUGAUCCGUUCGUCGCAUGCUCAAGUGUACUUGAACAACGUGUCGUCGUGCUUUGACGAAGGGUACGGGCUCGCAUCGACGCAACAACGCAAGAACAAAGACAUUCCCGAAGGCGGCUCCAAGGGUGUCAUCUUGCUCAACUUGGCCCACCAAGACAAGGCCGACCUGGCGUUCAAAAAGUACAUUGACGCGCUCUUGGACAUCAUGCUGCCUGAAAACGACGGCAUCGUGCGCAAGCAACAGGACAUUUUGUUUUUGGGUCCGGACGAAGGCACGGCGCACUUGAUGGACUGGGCGUCGUCGUACGCAAAGUCCCGUGGGUACAACUACUGGAAGGCGAUCACGACAGGCAAGUCGCCGUCGCGCGGUGGGAUUCCCCACGACGAGUACGGCAUGACGACGCACUCGGUGCGCGAAUUCGUCAAAGGCAUCCAAGCCAAGCUCAACUUGAAGGCCCCUGGCGCCAAGCGCUUGACCAAGGUCCAAACCGGCGGCCCCGAUGGCGAUCUCGGGUCGAACGAAAUCCUCAUGUCGGAAGGCGAAGACACGAUCGCGCUUGUCGACGGCUCGGGUGUGCUGUACGACCCCAAGGGCUUGAACCGCGACGAAUUGGUCCGCUUGGCCAAGCUCCGGUCGCCCGUCCAAGGUUUCAACACGUCGCUGUUGUCGCCGGAAGGGUACCUCGUGCUCAUCACGCAAAACGACGUCAAGCUCCCCAGCGGUGAAAUCGUCGAAAACGGCACGCAAUUCCGCAACAACUUCCACAACCGUCCCGACUUGACCGCCGACUUUUUUGUCCCGUGCGGUGGCCGCCCCGCCGCCGUCAACUUGAACAACGUGCACUCGUUCAUGUACGGCCCGGACGGCAAGUCGCUUCGCUUCAAGUACAUUGUCGAAGGCGCCAACUUGUUUUUCACGCAGGACGCUCGUCUUGUGCUGGAAAAAGCUGGCGUUGUCUUGUUCAAGGACGCGUCGGCCAACAAGGGCGGUGUGACGUCGUCGUCGCUCGAAGUGCUCGCGGCGCUGUCCCUGAACGACGCCGAGUUUGCCGAGCACAUGGCGGUCGAACCCAACAAGCCCAAGCCUGCGUUUUACCAAAAGUACGUGGCCGAAGUGCAAGCCCGCAUCGACAACAACGCGGCGCAAGAAUUCGAGUGCUUGUGGCGCGAACACCAGCGCUCCAAGACCCCGUACGCGAUCCUGUCCAACUUGUUGUCGGAGCGCAUCACGGACUUGAGUGUGACGAUCCAAGACUCGUCCUUGUACGAACAAGUCGCGCUCCGCAACCUCAUUUUGGACGGCGGGUUCCCCAAGACUUUGACAACCCUCCUCUCGCGCGACGAACUCAUCAAGCGCCUCCCGGAAUCGUACCUCCGCGCGCUCUUUGCGUCGCAACUCGCGUCGCGCUUCGUGUACGCGUCGGGCCUCCACUGCCCCGAAUUCGCCUUUUACGAAUUCGUUCAAACCCUCAAGAACUAAACCACCGCCACCCUAACUACUGCUGUAUAAAGACACCUAUUCUCUCGACCCGAUCACGCAUGCACCGACUCCCGGCCAACGUGCGCACAAUCGUGAAGCCGAGUCGUCAGCGCAUGCUGCGUCGCCGCGAUUUGCGCCAGGAGCGCGUACGUAGGAAUCGUCGACAUCCCGACCCGCCAAGGUAACGCGCACGCUUCCUCGCAAAGGCACGGCACGUCCACCCGCACGUUGGCGGCGGGGGGACGUCCCGUUUGCAUCGACCUUGCAGUGCUGAGGCGCAUGACGCAUUCUUUGACGGGUAAGACAUCCAUGAGGGGGUGCUGUCACUGUGGUGCACCUCAGGCAUUGCUCAUGCUCUUUCGGCCAUGCGCUGCCGACGUCGACGCGCCAACGACUCUGUCCAGGAGAGAUGGCAACAUUCGGUGGGACUGCAUGCGUUGUGGACGAGUUUCAAGAUGGGGGAAAAUUGCCAAAGUCGUGUUCGCCAUGGCGAUGGUCGCCACCCUCAACUCGGCGACAACAUGGUGGAUCGCUGUUCGAGGCCAUGGCGCUCUAGUUGAAAGAAUGCGCGCAUCGUUUGCAGACCGCACAGCACGAGCACGCACGAUGGGCACAGCCGAGUGGACCUUUGCACGCGCAUCCGUGGUCGGUCGUCGGUGCCGCGGUCGGCAACGCGCGCCGAGUUUGGCCAGCCACCGCCGCUGCCCCAGCAGGACGGACCAUCUUGACAAGUGUCGAGAAGCGGCGCAUGGACUGUGAGCUCGUGCAAGGCAAACGAAAAAUGGCCGGCGUCGUUUCAUCCGACAAGCGCAAUCUUCACUGGGCUUCUUCGUCGUAAAACCG